UUCACCCUCCAGUGGCCGCCGCGGCCGGCACGCUGCGGCCGGCGCGCUGCGGCCGGCGCGCCACACUGAUCCGAUGGCAGGAGCCAGGAGCCAGGUGCUUAUCCUGGUCUCCCAUGGGGUGCAGGGCCCAAGCACUUGGGCCCUCCUCCACUGCACUCCCUGGCCACAGCAGAGAGCUGGCCUGGAAGAGGGGCAACCGGGACAGAAUCCGGCGCCCCGACCGGGACUAGAACCCGGUAUGCCGGCGCCGCUAGGCGGAGGAUUAGCCUAGUGAGCCUCGGCGCCGGCCUGAUUAAGAUCUUAAUGUAAUCAUCAGCUGAGAGGAUGGCUUAUCCUCAUAUCUGUGAUAAAGGAAACGUGGUCUUCAAUAGAAAGAAUUGGAAUGAGCAAAAAGAAUGCCCUUAAAGAUGGCUGGCCUCAAGGGAACAGCUCCAAGUUGUACUUUCUUGCUCCUCAUGAAAGGCCACAUAUACAAAGGUGGUCCCAAAAGAUUAUACAGCUCAGUGAUGCCACAGCUGUUGUAGUUUGUGUAAAUACAGUCUGUGAUAUCUAUGCAAUGACAAACUCGCCCAACAGUGCAUUUCUCAGAAUGUGUCCCUGUCAUUAAAUGACACACAACUGGGUUUUCUUAAUCAGUGGCCAACCAACUGUGAAUUUUGAUGGCAAAUAUAAAGGUUCCAAUCCUGAUUGACCUGCCUGCAUUCUCUUGUGUCACUUGCACAUCCAAGCCUCAGUUUCUUCAAAUUGUAAAAUUAGAACCUAAUGAGAAGUCUUACUUUGAUGACCAAUGAGUUACCAUAUGCAAACUCCUUACAGAUUAGAUAGUUCAACAAAUAUUAGCCUUCACCACUCUUUCAUUAGAUAUUUAGCUUAAAGGCAGACCCUGAACCUUUGGUGUUGUCUCAUAGACUCUGGAGACAACAACCUGAUUUUAAAGUUCAAGAUUGUCCUCAUCACCUAAUGCCAUUGAACCAGUCCCCAAGCCUUGGGUCCCUCCUCAUGAAGAGGGAGCUGGGACUAACAGGGAAGAUGGCUGAGUAAAUGGACCAUCAUAAUGUGUUAAGAACAUCUAGCACUGGCCUAAAUCAAGUGUUACUUUGGGCUGGUUCUCAUCUCCCUACUGUCUGCUGAUUCGGUAUCUGAUUGUCUUGUUUGCUUCAUGGUAUGCUGAGAAAGGCAGGCUUGUCAGGUUAAACUAAUCUGGGUUGAUCUGUGAUCCUUGUGAUACACAGAUAAAGUAAUACAAGGCCUAAUGGAGACUCCAGAGAUUUUGCACACGUCCAGAUCCAGGAUACAAUGUGGACUUGCUGUGAAUUAAUUCACAAGGGUCUUGUUGAGAUUCCUUGCUCAUCGACUACACAAAAGUUCUCAGUCCUUCUCCCAGGAUUGUUACUUGGAUUUCUAACCCCUCCUGUCCUCCAAAAUGCUUUGAAAUAACCAAUUUUGUUUGUUUUCAACAUCCAGUCCUUUGGUGUUCCCCUGGGAUGGUAUGUUGAGGCAGAAUAAGAUUUUGGAAAAAGUGUAUGAGAGAUGGUCCAAGUUUUAUUUCUCCCAUGGAAUGGCCAUGGGCUCAUGAGAGGGAUGCGGCUCCUUCUCUGAUCCCCAGGUCUUUCUCUGUGUAAUAGCAAUAGCAGUGUCUCUCUCAUAGGAUGACUGCAAACUAGCAGAAAUUCUUUCCCAAAGUGGAGGCUCAAUAAAUUACACUAUCAAGGAGGGAACAUUUUUUCGGUCUGUCCUCCUACAUUCAGUACCUGGAGCCCUACAAAUUGCACUGACCAAAAAUGGAUUAACAGGAGCAAACGGCUUAUUGCAUUGGCUUGGGGCAGGAGGGCUCAAAUAAAUGAAAUGAAAAUCCCAAGGGGACAGUCAGACUUGGAGGUUUUUAUACCUUCUUAGCAAGCAUUCAAUAAAUCCACAACGAAGUGAUAAGACAAAGGGAAGGGGCUCGGGAGGUUUAGAGGUAUUUAGAGGUGGAACGUGGUGGGAAGGAAAAUAUAUGGGGGGACCAAUAGAAGAUACGGGCUAUCUUAGUAAGGUUUGGUUGUGCAGGCCUAGCUCAAGGCCAGCUGUUUUCCUCCUGGUUGUGAAAUACCCCCGGGAGAGGGGAUUUACAGCAGUAUUCACUCCUCCAAAAUUCCUGCACUGGGUCCGAUAAGGGAAGCUCUGAGAAGACUUCUACAGCUGCUGACUGUAUGGCCUGAAGCUCAGAAUAAUCCAUGUGCCAAAGUGGCAUAUUUUGGGCUGGCUUAUUCUAAUCCUCCCCAGUACAUUAUUAUUGUCUAUCUUUACAUGACUUGCUUUUCUGCAAGUGUCAUUGAAGAAACAAUGAUUUAUGAAUAAUUGUCCAAAAAUAGCUAUGGAGACUGCAGGGAAAUAAUGACAACCUUAUUUUGGAGUAGAGUUUUGGCCAUCUGAUCCGGUCUCUGUAAGACAGAACUGAAGACUGUAAUCCCAUCAGGUCGAAACCCUUGUCUGUCUUGCCUACUAUUAGAGUACCAACAUCUUGUAUCUAUGUGUUAAACACUCUUAUGGAAACUUACUCGGCACCAUAUACUCUCUCUGUAUUUUAUCAUGUUUUAUAACACAUUUUGGCCCUUGUGACAGCCUUGAAUGUGGAAACUGAGACACCAAGCUGUUUAUUAACUUGUCUGAUAACAAAUGACAGGGCCAGGAAGUAAACCCAAGCACAGCAAAUUCUCAGGAAUUUCUUCCACUCCCAGCUCACCUUCCAGAUUGAUUCCAGUGCCUACCAAUGGAAAAUUUCUGCUCUUCUCAAGCGAAGUUUACACAGCCUACAUUUUAAACGGGUGUUACUUUCAUACCUACACACGGUGAUCAUGUCGUUUUCAGAGUUUAGUCUUCAGCAUUCUGUGUACUGCCUGGCACACAGCAAGUGCACAAUGAAGCCUCACCAUCACUCCUUUUAGCCUCAGUCUCUCAGCUUUAAUUAUCCUGCUGAUUCCACAUAGCAACUGGCCGACAGUGCUGUAGACACUCACAUGUACUCAUGUAUCAUUUUCCUCUGUGUGAGCAGUAGUGAUGCUGAACUGGAGACUGUGUCCCAGCUAAACAGCCAGGAAAACCAAGGAAGAGAUACUAGUACUCCCUGAAUAGUCAUGCUCCAGCCAGCCUCAUAUUCCUAGAUUUCCUGCACUUAAAACAGAGAAAUGUGGAGUAAUUCCGGCAUGAUCUGUAACAGCAAACACAUCACUUCCUUCCAAAGCGCAAGAGUUGCUAAGUAACCCUCCAGCUCUCUCCCUUCCACUGCCGUGUAACUUAGUGACUUAGGAGGCCUUGACACCAGUUAAUGAAAUACAAGAGGGUGGAGCUUCCAAGGUGGCAGUGUGGAGAAUUCCCUCUCAGGCCACCCUAAAGAGGGAAAUAAGCAAGAAUUCAGGUUCUGUUGUUGAAUUAAGUAGAUGAGAUUGUGCAGUUAAAUAGCUAUCUCAGCAUUCACUUACCUUCCUAACUAGUACACAGCGUUUUUCAGGUCUUCAUUUUUUUUUUUUUUUUGACAAGCAGAGUGGACAGUGAGAGAGAGAGACAGAGAGAAAGGUCUUCCUUUGCCGUUGGUUCACCCUCCAAUGGCCGCCGCGGCCGGUGCGCUGCGGCCGGCGCACCACGCUGAUCCGAUGGCAGGAGCCAGGUACUUAUCCUGGUCUCCCACGGGGUGCAGGGCCCAAGCACCUGGGCCAUCCUCCACUGCACUCCCUGGCCACAUCAGAGAGCUGGCCUGGAAGAGGGGCAACCGGGACAGAAUCCGGCGCCCCGACCGGGACUAGAACCCGGUGUGCCGGCGCCGCUAGGCGGAGGAUUAGCCUAGUGAGCCGCGGCGCCAGCCUCAGGUCUUAAUUUUAACGAGUUGCAGAAACUGUCCUCAAAGAACAUUCAGCAUAAAUAUACUUGGUGAUCCAACCUGUUUCCUUCAAGCAUUUGCUUGCUUGCUUCCAGGUGGCUACAACCAUGCUGGGAUUCCUGCUACAGUGUUCUCCAGGGAGGCUGUGUGUAGGCCUCACCUGUGUCCUGACCUUUUGGAACACAGUGUCUGGCAGUAGAGGAGAAAUCAAGAGAGAGAAAGGAAUGACCUUCCUACCUGCAACAGCAUCUGGCCUUAGAAGAGGAGAGAGGAAGGAAAAGGUGGUGGUAUUUCUUGCAACCACAGAGCUCCCUGCAAGGUCAGUGGAUCUGUCUACGCUUAACCUCACAGAGCUCGUGAAUGGGAUGGUGAGCAGAGCUUUAAAAGAGAGCAAGAAGUUCUUCUCCCUGCUGAGUGUUACCUCCUACAGCUCCUUCGCCUUCCACAAGUUGUCGGUGGCCAUUUACAACAGUGAGAAGGGGCUGGCUCUUCCUGGGGGUGGUGGCUGGGAGGGGCCCUGCAGGGCCAGCCUGCCGGGGUCCCCAUGUGAACCAUUUCCCUUCACAGUUUCUAACCUGAAGGCAGUGGACCCAGCCAAGUUCCCCACAAGAUACUGCUACUGUUUAAACAACCAGACCAACGACUUGUCAGAUUUCACAGCCCUCCUGGUGGAUAUCAUUGGAAACUCAACCAGCUACCUCACGGAGAUUUUCAAGUCAACCUCCAUCCUCUCAGUGAGUCAAACCAAUGAAUCUGACUGCAUCUUCAUUUGCGUGAUGACGGGAAAGUCAGGCAGGAAUCUUUCUGACUUCUGGGAGCUGGCGGAGAAGUCCCCUGUUAUCAAUUACACAUUUACCAGUGGCGUGGCUAGUGUUCUGGGUGGAGCUACCAGGGUAACAGCCAGGACUCCAAAGCCCACAACCAAAAGCCAGCAAACACUGCCAAGUCAAGGGCCCCCGCACUGGGCCUGGAGCACACUACGGCCGUCUGCUCCAAGCCGUCCUCAGUGGAUGAAGACAACGACUGUUUCAGAGGGAGAGGCUUCGGGCACUUGGAGUAGCGCCCCUCACGCUCUACCCACCACAGCAACGUGGUCCAGCAUGGCAAUGUCCUGUAACUGUCACUUUGACCUUGUAGCUAUCAGAAGGGUGUCCAGAACACCAUGGGUGACAGCCAACAGGCAGACCUGGGCUCAGACCAUCCAUGAGAAAAAACCUGGAGGGCCUCCCUGGGAAGCACUUUCCUCCACACUGAUGUCUACUGCAGGGGACCAGGAGGCCACCAACACAACGGGGCCUCUGGAGCUACCUGCUGGGAUGGCUACACCCACCAGCCCAGCCUCAGGUAAGAGAGGCCCUCUUCAAGGAGAUGAAGGCUCAUCCUCCUUUAAUCUCAUCCUAGGAACUUCCACCAUUGGCACACAGACCACAGUUCCAACUAAGGCACCAGCCCCGAAAGAGCCACAUACAGGUGAUCUUCCUGUGGAGUGGCCAUUCAUCCCCAGGGAAGAGUCAAUCCUGGUCCCAGCACCUCACCGAGUUUCAAGAUGUCCUCAGCCACUCCUCAAAGAGGUGACCAUGACAGCAACUCCUCUCAGCCUGGCCAUCCAGAAGCUCAGCCCAUGCCUGAUGGAGUUGUGCCACUUCUUUCAGCAAUGCCUCUGCAUGAGCCAGAGAAAUUCCAAGGCAGAAGUCAUGAGGUACUGUCUUGAACACUAUUCCUGGUUUCUGAAGAAUGCAACGUUUGUCUGCCCGAGGGUGAAAAGGGUGCCCCACUCCCACAGCGACAGGAAGAAAAUGAGGCUUCUCAAAUCCCUGAAAAACGGCUACAGCAACACACCUGUGCAGCUCGCAUUACGGGUUAGCAAUGAGCAGCAGUAUGUUCUUGAGAUGCUCAGAGAAUUUUGUGAAAUUGAACCACAGACCCCCACUGAUUUCAGGGUGCAAACAUGGUGGCCCUUCCGUGCCGUCGAGAAAGGACUAGGAACAAUGUUGUGCACAUGA